AUGUCACAUCUGUUACAUAGAAGAAGAGGGCACGACUCUGAAGAUGAGGACGAAGACGAAUCCAUUGUGUCGGGUAUGACAACCACUGAUUACGAUGAUGAAGAUGAUGACAACGAUUAUACUACAUCGGAUGACGAGGAUGAUUCUCAACAAGAAAGGGAAACAGACAGUGAAUAUGAUUCAAGUGAAAAUGACACGGAAACAGGAUCAGAGCAAGAUGACGAGGUGCAGCAGCAGCCAACAGUAAUGAAAACAAAAACCAAGGCAAUUCAACAGGCCACAACGACACCACCCACUACUAGCAGCCAAACAGCACAGAUGAAGGAACAAGUGAAUGACCAGCCAAAGCCAUUGUCAUCAUCAUCACCAGCAUCACAUGGCACCCCUAUGACUACUAGUCAAACGGUGGACAUGGAUUACCAAGAUUUGCAACAGCAAGAAAAAGAAAAGACAGUUCAGGAACUACGUGAGUACCGACGCAAAUUAGCAGAGGAUCCCAGUUUUGUACCCUAUGUUGGCUUAUUCUGGGGCCAUGAUGAUAGAUACAGAGAGGAUUCAUUGGCUACGGGUGGUAACGAAGCGACGCGUGAAUCGAUGCCUCAUUUCAGCCAGCACACGGCAGCCAGUGCUAGUAUCAAGAAGCCAUCGUAUGAUCGCAACCUAGACCCUUUGAUGCACAAGAAAUGGGAUCACAGUGGUUAUGAAGAACUGAUGCGGUUGGAAGAACAAGAUGAAAGACGGAAAAGAGAGUUGAUUGAGUCGGGACAAUCACCUUCUCAAGCGGAUCACCAUCACAGACCUCCACCACGAUUACCAAGAUACCAUCAUUACAACAAUCGGGGAAGAGGUCGAGGUGCUGGUGGUUAUCGAGGCGGUUACCACCAUCAACAGAACAGAUUUGGCAAUCCUCAAAAGCGCCCCUAUACUCAACAACAACAGCAGCAGCAGCAGCAACAAGAAGAAUGGCCUCAAUUAGCAACUACUACUGAUAGUAGCAGUGCUGCAGCAGGUGGCCACACAGCUGAUCAGUCCAUCUGGAACAACAACAAGGCGCAAGAACCAAAUGUGGAUGGCUGGGGUUCUGUGGAUAGAGCUGAAGAGAUCAAGCCCAUGGUCAAAGUGGAUUCUGCGGCUGAUAGAUGGGGAACGUCAACAGCAGCUGCUUCUGUUGCUGAUAAGGGAUGGGCAUCUGCACCACCAACUGAUACACCUCAAGCUGAGAGACAGUCAGUUGGCACUGAGCAAGAGACGCCAAAACAAGAUUCGCCCAAGACUCGUACUGUACAAAAUGAACAUGGGUGGGGAGCAUUGCCUGAAUCGACAAGCGUAAAUACGUCUACUAAGCAGAAGGAACCUAAAACCUCGGCAACAGCAAACACAAUUUCUCAAGACAAUUGGAAUGUACCUCCACCACCUGCAACCACCGCUGAGUCUAGCAGCACUGGUUGGGGAGAGCAACCCACAGUUUCUCAAUCUGAAGGAUGGAACACAGUGGCUGAGAACGCUGUAUCAGGUUGGAGCAACUCUGAUUCAACUUGUCGUGUGGAGACAACCACUGUAGAAGCUGCACCAAUCACUGUUCAAGAGGCUGAUCACAAAGAGGACGAAACACGACAAGAAAAUGCUUCUAUGCCAAUCGUUUCGCCUUCUGUUGCCACUACCACUGAUAGUUGGGGCAAGCCAGAGGAAAUGCAAGCAGCACAGGAUAUUUGGUCCAACAACAAUAACAGCAACGAGACAAAAGAUUGGAAUACGCCUCAAUGGGACGCAACAGUGAAUAACAGCAGUGAUCAUGCAAAGGGAGAAAGCAAGUCGACAUCUCCAGCGCCACCACAGAAAGAACGCAAUGAAAUACCACCAGAAGAGAAAGCAUCUUCCUCUUGGGCCAAUGUCAAGCCUGAUGUAAAAGUGCAUACCACACCUUCUGAUUUUACCAAGAUAGACUUCAGCAGACGCUACGAUUCAUCUCGUCGCAACAAUAGCAGCAGCGCUUAUCAACAGCAUCAGAAAUCAUCAUCACAAACCACUCUGGAUGACUCUAUGCAGCAAAAGUGGGAUUCAAAGGCUACAUCUGAUCACUGGGGAGCUGAUGCAACAACAACACCCUUUACUGGAUGGAAUACUACUCCUGAUAACGUGAAUACACAGAGUGAAUGGACCACUACUACUCCACAAAAGACUGCAGAGACUUCAAAGGUCGAAGCUAGUUGGGAUUCAAAGUCUGUCGCAAAGCCUACUUCAUCCUGGAGCGCUACUGUUGACACUGCUUCUACCAAAUCAACCUCAAACUGGAACGAAUCUUCUUCUUCUACUGCUGCUACUGCUGCUGCUGCUGCUGCUGCUGCUGCUGCUACAUUUGAUCAAUCCAAUUCCUCAUCUUCUUCUUCUGCACGUGGUGGCUGGAAUAACAGUCGAUCCAGUAAUAGUGCCAAUUGGAAUGCGGAUAGAGAAUGGAACAACAAGACGCGCAACGAACAACAGAGUAAAAAAGGUCGAGGUUACUUCUCUGGAAAGAACACUACCACAACGACGACUGAUAUUCAUGCUGCUGAAACAGCCUCCAACAGCACAGAGGGAUUCAACACUCCCGAAACAUCUGCUUGGGGCCAUUUCCAAAGUACCGGUGAUGACGAUUCUGAUGUAGAGAUUAUUUUGGAGGCAGAAGAAGAACCUGAAUGGUCCAAAGAAGAUGAACAAGUGCUGGGUAUGACAGCACCUGCCGACGCCCAACAACAACCCUAUUCACCAUCCUUCAAUCGCAUGUCAAAAUCCUAUCUUUCGCAACAUCAACAUGAUAGUGGCCAAAGUAGCUCUCAUCCAGAGUACAACCGAAAGUCUACUGCCAAUAAUGGCCGUCAUAGCAACAACAACAACAACAACAACAACAACAAUAACAAGCCAUCUCAUCAACAUCGUACUAGUCAAUAUGAUGACAAUUGGCGUCAACCAAGGGAGGAGACUGAUGCUUAUCUUCCCAUGUAUUAUCCAACGCCUGUCGCGCAUCCUCAUCCAUCCUACAUGCCCAUGAUUCCCAAUGGCAACGGCACUCCCAUGUAUGCCGUGCCAUUCCCUAUGGGUCCUACUUCUUCUUCUUCUCCGUCCAACAGGGUCGUUCAUAGUGGCGGAUCUGCUAGCCCAUCGCAGGAACCAUCAUCCAGCACAAGUCCUCAUAAAUUCUAUACACCAUCACCUCCCAAUGUACAACAAUUGCCACCUGGAUAUGAAGCCAACGGUAUGGUUUAUUACGGCAUGGACCCAUCUACCAUGUAUCCUCCGCCACAAGCGUUUUAUUACUAUGCGCCGCCACCACAGGCACAACCACCGCACAUGGUGUCCAGUAGCAACAAUAAUACCAACGAUGGCUAUGACUCCAUGAAGCGAGCUUCUAUAUCACCUCUGCAUCAUCAUCAGCAUCUACAACAAGCUGAGGAAGACGACUGGGGUCCUGCACCAGACACACUGGAAACAGAAGAGCAAUGGAGGACAACGACCAUGAGUAAAUCAUCACAACAUGGUUUUCAAAAUAGAAAGCAGCAGCCUGUGAAUCAAUACCACUAUCCUCAACACAGCCGUCAUUACUAG